AAUGGGGUUGCCACAAGUAGAGGAGCCCACGCCGCCCCGCGGUGCCCGAGCGCCCCUCGGGCGGCGUACGCUGCAGGCACGGAGUCCCUCCACAGGGCUCCCGCUGGAGCACGGACGGACCCCGGGGUGCCUCAGGAGCGGAGGGCGCCGUACCGGGCCUGGGCUGCGGCGGAGGCGGCCGUGGGGCGGGACACGGACUCGCCGCCCUCACGUCAGCACUCCCCCUUCCCCGGCGGGCUGCCCCGGCCGCGCAGUGCGUUGUGGGAGCGGCGCUGAGAUGGCGGCGGCCGCCGCCGGGCUGAGCUGGAGGCGGGUGUCCUCCUUCACGGGGCCGGUCCCACGCUCCCGCCACGGGCAUCGCGCGGUCGCCAUCCGAGAGUUGCUCAUCAUCUUCGGCGGCGGCAACGAGGGCAUUGCCGACGAGCUGCACGUCUACAACACGGUUACGAAUCAAUGGUUCCUUCCUGCUGUAAGGGGAGAUAUUCCUCCAGGCUGUGCGGCACAUGGAUUUGUUUGUGAUGGUACCAGAAUACUAGUUUUUGGAGGAAUGGUUGAAUAUGGAAGAUAUAGCAAUGAUUUAUAUGAAUUGCAGGCAAGUCGAUGGCUCUGGAAAAAAGUAAAACCUCAAGCUCCUUCAAAUGGAUCACCACCCUGUCCUCGGCUUGGCCACAGCUUUUCUUUGUAUGGUAACAAGUGCUAUUUAUUUGGUGGCCUGGCAAAUGAAAGUGAAGAUUCAAAUAAUAAUGUUCCCAGAUAUUUAAAUGAUUUCUAUGAACUGGAGCUGCAACAUGGAUCUGGCGUGGUUGGCUGGAGUAUUCCUGUGACCAAAGGAAUCUUGCCAUCUCCCCGAGAAUCUCACACAGCCAUAGUGUACUGCAGAAAAGAUGUGGGAAGCCCAAAGAUGUAUAUUUUUGGAGGCAUGUGUGGCUGUCGGCUUAAUGAUCUCUGGGAACUUGACAUAGAAACCAUGACCUGGUCAAGACCAGAAACCAAAGGGACAGUACCACUUCCUCGCAGUCUCCAUACGGCCAAUGUAAUAGGAAACAAAAUGUAUGUUUUUGGUGGAUGGGUUCCACAGUCAGCAGGAGGUGAAAUGUCUGCUCCUGAUGGUGAAUGGAAAUGCACCGGUUCCUUUUCUUACCUUAAUUUGGAUACCACAGAAUGGAUAGGUCUGAUCUCAGAUUGCCAGGAGGACAAAAGUGACUUGUUACCAGGGCCAAGAGCAGGACACUGUGCUGUAGCUGUUGGCACUCGUCUGUAUAUUUGGAGUGGUAGAGAUGGUUACAGAAAAGCUUGGAACAAUCAAGUUUGCUGCAAAGAUCUUUGGUACCUUGAUACUGAGAGACCUCUAGCACCAUCACAAGUGCAGCUGAUCAGAGCUACAACCAACUCUUUUCAAUUGAAGUGGGAUGAAGUACCUACUGUUGAAGGAUAUCUGCUUCAAUUACAUGCUGACUCACCAGUGCCACCGGUGACUGAAAUUCCUGGUACUGGCAUUCCUGAGACAUCAGUGCUGAGUUCACAAGGUGGCUGUUCUCUCCAUCAGAGUCCACAAUCAUUGCCUAGCAUACCUUAUGCAGAAAUGAAGGUGGAUCAUCCCAGCCAAACAAAUAAUCUCAUUCGUAAUAACGUCCAAGUUACCCUUUCAUCCAGUUCAAAAGUAGAAGGAAAAGAAAAGGUUGCAGCACCUGAAAACAAGCUUACACAGGAAACUAUGAAAAACCACACAGAUGCUACAGGAUUCAAAGGAUCAAGUGCCCCUUCUCUUUUGCCUGUUUGUACUUCUUCAAGCGCUCAGACAUCAGCAAAUGUAGGUGAAUUACAUGACUUGGACAAACAAAGUGUAAAUCCUGAUGCUUCUGUAUCCAGUACUGUCUCCAGCACACAAACUAUGGUAACCCAGCAGGCUGUUAAAACUGAAUCAUCAAGUACAAAAGGGGCAGUUGUUAAAGAUGAAACUUCACUAACAGCAUUCAAUUCAAAAUCUGAAGCUGCUGAAAUUGCUUAUGUCACACCUUCAACAAGGGUCAGUACUGGACAGACAAAUGAUUCACACUCUUCUAGAGCUUCCCAGAGGCUGCCAGCAUCAGUGAAAACCAGAGACCGCCGAUGGUAUGAUGUGGGAAUUUUUAAGAACAACAGUGCUGUGGUGAGCCAGUUCUACUUGCUGCCAGAGGAAACACUGAACAUCAAUAGCAAGAUGGAAGGUGCAGAUGUACCAGACUACAGAUUACUUAAGAAACAAGAUCUGUUUCCAGGCACAGUGUACAGAUUCAGAGUUGCUGCAAUUAAUGGCUGUGGUGUUGGGCCUUUCAGUAAAAUCAGUGAAUUCAAGACAUGCAUUCCAGGUUUUCCUGGAGCUCCUUCAACAGUCAAAAUCACCAAGAGUGUAGACUGUAUUCAUCUUUCUUGGGAGCCUCCUGCUUCACCCUCUGGAAAUAUUUUAGAAUAUUCUGCCUACUUAGCCAUCCGUUCCACGCAAUUACAGGAAAAUCCAAGUCAACUUGUAUUUAUGAGGAUAUACUGUGGUCUUAAAACCUCCUGUGUAGUGACUGCUGCCCAGCUUUCCAAUGCCCAUGUGGAUUACACCUCCCGGCCUGCCAUUGUGUUCAGGAUUUCAGCCAAGAAUGAGAGAGGCUACGGCCCAGCCACGCAGGUUCGGUGGCUCCAAGGUAAAGUCACUGUCACACACAACAUUUGAGUGGAGCAGAAGCUGUACAUUUCAUCCAGAACCAAUGCAGCGCUGCAUGUGAACUUCUUGAAAUGUUGGUUUGUUCCUUAUAGGAGUUUUAUGCAAUUCUAAUUGUUGCUUCUGACUUCUGUAUAAUUCACUUCAGCUCAGAAGUUUUUCAGUGUAAUAAGAAGUAAUCCAGUUAUGUGCAUCAUGUAGAUACAUACAGUGUAAUCAGGGGUUUUUUCAGUCUUUUCACCUUCCUAAAUGGAAAAAAAAAUUCUAUCAGGUGAUAUAAGGUGCAUUUUUGUGAUGCAUAUACACUUUAAAAUCUGUGUUACAUCCAGGAUAGGUUUUGUCAUCUUGUCCUUGGGCUUGAAUAUGUACAGGUUCAUGAUGAUUUGGGGAUGGGAAUGGAUCCAUUGAAAAUAAAAUUAGUGUUAGCCUGGUCAGUUCUGGCCUGCCUUAGAAGUUAGCCAAUCUGGGGUCUCAAGUUUUGUCAGCUUCUCAUCCUGCUCCUUCCCGUUCCUGGCUUAGCUUUGUUGGGAGCUGGCUUUGCUCAGCAAGAGGUGCUGUGGGCACAGAGGAAGGUAGGAAGGGCAGAGUGCCCACCACCUUGGGCAGCAGGGAACUGUGGUGGGGGGGUAGCUGACCUCAGCUGCUGGGCUGGGACCCAUCUGUUGAAUGCUCCACUGCUUGGUUUCUAAUAUGUGCUUUUCUAAGAUGGGGAGUAACAAUGAAGAAGUUGUCUUCUGUGAUGUUCAGUAUUUCAGUGCUGUUUUAACCCUUUAUUUGGCAAGGGUUUUGACCAUUAUCUAUAUCCUACAACUCUGAAAUAGUGUUUGUUUGAAAAUGUUUGAGUGUGUACACCAUGUGAAAUUAUGAAACAUUUAAAAAUGUCUCCUUUGUUUUGCAGAUAUGAAAACAUCAGGCUCAAAGUAGAAAUUACGUAAUAAAUCUCAAUUUUCAAAUGUAGUGUUUAAUGUAACUCUUGUACUAUUUGUAAAUGCUACAAAUAUUUUAUUUUUGCAUUGUUUUUAUCUUAAAAAUAUAUAAUCUUUUUUACGUUUGACACAUCGAUGUUGUAGAGCCUUGCUCAGGUAUGAGUAUCAUAUAGAAAAUAUAUCAGAGAUGGUGGGGUGGAGGAUCGCUCUUUGUCCAGCAGCUGUUUUUGGUAGUGAUAAGUUAAAAUGUAAAGAACACAGAGUUUCAAAUCAAAAAUGAAUAAAAGAAUUGGCACAAUUAGUAGUAUUUGAGGUAGUGUCCCUGAGAUGGCUACAGAUCUUGCAUAGAUAAUUCAUAAGAUUUGGCAUAUGAGCAAAUUCUGUUUGGUUUCAGUUCCCUAUAGCACAUUCUUCAUUCUGGUGCCUGAGUACAAGGCAAAAACUUCCAGUUAUUUUAUAGUAACUUAAAAUGUAUAAAUAUUUUAAUAUAUACUUUUUUGGUAAAGAAAUGAUUUUUUCUACUAUUUGUAACAAAUAUCUUAAUCUUGAAAAAUAUCCCCUGAAAAUUUAAAAGGAAAAAGAUAAACUUAUCCAUUGCUCUUAUUAGAAAAAACAUAAAUUCAUUGUAAAUGCACUACUAUUACUUAAAAUUAUCCUUUUGUAGUUGUACAAAUCUUAAACUUGUAAAUACCAAUGUUUACAAGAGACCUUUCUGGUCUUGUAUUAAAACAUCCAUGAGAUUCAUUCUCUUAUCUUUUUUUUUUUUUUAAAUCCAUAUGCUUUGCUUUUAGCAUAUGCUUGCUUUUUGCACUAAUAACUUACCUCAUUCCUGUGUUAGUAAUCACUUUUGUUGCUUCCAUAAUGUUUCUGUAAAACUUCAAUCUGAAAAUUUUAACCAAAGUUUAGAAUACAUGGUAAGCAAUUUUGCACAAUUAUAUGGCAACUUUCAACAUAUUUAUUCCAGUUAAUCUUCUUAAGUGCUUGUUUGCUUUACCAAUAUAUUCCACCAAUCAAGUUCAGUAUCUCCCUUUUACUAUGCAUCAUUUUACAUUAACUAGCUAGCUGACAAAAUCAACAAGCAUUACGUCUAGGAAUAGGUUGAUCCAUUCCUAUGCAAAAAGAAAAAAAUUGUUCACAGUAGUGAAAUCAAGGUAAACGUUUUAAAUGGUAUUUAUGUAUCUGUAUAUAAAACUAUGUUUACCAAAGUGUAGAGGCUGAGUUGGACAACGUCACUAGGUGAAUAGAUUGAGGCACCUAAAUAAGGUUAUUUUAAAAUAAAAUCUAAAUUAUUUACUGUGCAAUGAAGUUUAUACUUUGCACUUUAAUUUUUCCCCAAAUGCCAAAAGAUUGUACAUCAAGGUAGAAUUUCUUGCCUCUUCCAGAAAAAUUUGUCUUAAGAGUGUUUGUAAAUAUAUAAACUAAAAUCAAUUAUGUGCCUGGUUUGGUGGGAGAAGUAUCACUAAAAUAGUAGAGAUUUAGCAGCUCAAGUGUCCCAGAGUAGAUUUAGCAGCUAAGUGUUGGCUGCCCUGAGAAUCAGGGUUAUAACGAAGUGCUGGUACAGCCUUAAUUAUCGCAAUGCAUCACAUGCUCCAGUAGCGUCAAGAAAGUGCUGGGGACCAUAAAUGGCUAUAAUAGUGUUAAUUGUGGCACAGGAGUAACAGAUGUGGUUUGACUCCAGAGAAGAAUCAUGUUUUUAUGACUAUGACAGAUAUCCCAGUUUCACUUUAAACAGUGUUUAUUGUAUGAAUGUGUAGGACUUUUCCUGAAGUUAACUGGCUUUAAGAUAUUUGUGUUUUAAUGGUCCAUUUUGUCAGGUAGGAUCUCUACCAAUACUGUCUGAUAACUAAAGUACCAUACAGAUGAACUGUCAACUAGAAGAGUAGAACUUUGUUUUUAUUAUUAGUACUGUGAAAGAAGCCUUUAGAGAAAAUACUUGUGGCUUUGAUUUUGUUGGUUAAUAGCUGUGAUUGUAGAAUUGUUACUUAAGAAUAAAACCUGUUGGUUGUGUCUGGGUGGA